AUGAAAUUCAAGUUCUGCUCUGAUGGUGACUGUCCCCUAUGGGUGCUGGCGGCUCUCCACGCUACGAGCAGCCUUCCCGCUCAGCUGUUCAGUACACUCCUGCACCACGUAGUGGAGGAACAGCUGGACGACGGCAUCAUGGAAAUCUUGAAAGAGACCAACCUAUCGUCACGCGAGGAAUGUGCUAGAGCCGCCGCCGUUCUGCGUUGGACCUUGAAGCAAGCUCAUCGCUGCGCGUGCAGCGGCGUUCAAUUGGCGCGCGACCUGCUUGUGCUUGGCGUGCCGCGAGCGCACGCCGCAGCGCUCGCUGAAGCCGCUGAAUCGACACGAGAAGCGUAUGUCAAAAAUGCGCGGGAACAUGGCUUUAUGGUAAACAAAUUAACUGACAUCACAACCGCACCGGGUCCAGAAGGGACAGUGGAUUUAGUUAAAAUCACCCUCUACUCAGAUGAGAUGUUCACAGGGGAGCAGAAAGUCACCGACUUGUUGGUCGAUAAAUUACUAAUGAAAACUCUUUUGGAGGAACUAAAGUCAGCGAGAAAGAAAAUGGAUGAAUUAGAAACAGAACAAGAUCAA